AAGGAUAGCUCAAAUGGUAAGAGUUAAAGACAUAAAAGUUGGGUGAGUGAGGGUGAAGGGUCCCUGGUUCGAACCCAGAAGGAGGGAUUAAUUUACUGGCAUUUCCGACCACUAACAUUUGCCUAUAAAAAAAGAAAAACCUCACCGUCGCUCUUCCAUUCUCUCAGUCUCGCUUUUUCGGCUCCCUCUCCUGCCCCUAUUUACCUGCUGCUAUCGCCCCCUCUCAUCAUCACUGCUUCAAUUAUAGUCACUGCUUUGUUCACUUUGUUUUGCUGCAAAACAAUUGUAGAAGGAAGAGACCGCAAGCAAGCUUCGAUUCAGGCCAAAUGGCGCCAAGAUGGAAAGGAAAAGAUGCAAAAUCUAAAAAGGACGCAGAAGCUGAAGCUCUUAAAGAACCCAUGUCAAAGACAAUAUCUCAUCUCCAAUCUUCUCUAGUUCAAUCAGAUGCUUGUGGAUUUCUCUCUGAUAACAGUGUACACUUAGCAGUGGGAGCAGAACAAAUUGACCUAUUCGAUAAAGCAUGCUUUGGUCAACCGGUGAGAACAGUUGAAAAGGAUCAACACUUGUUUCAAUUAAGCUUCGAGGAAGCAUUCUUCCUAUGCUGUUCCUUAAAAUGCCUCAAGAUUAUUCGUGGCGAUUUGGGUCCUCAAAAUGAUGAAGAGCUAUGGCAUUACAUGAAGUCCAAGAAAGAAGCAUUCCCUUGUUUCUACAAGGCUUACUCUCACCUUCGAAUGAAAAAUUGGGUAGUGAAAUCAGGGGCUCAGUAUGGUGUAGACUUUGUAGUCUAUCGUCAUCAUCCGGCUCGCAUCCAUUCUGAGUAUGGCAUACUUGUUCUAUCAGAUGAGGAUAAAAAAGAUCUAAAUGGAAGAUUGGGAGUAUGGUCUGAUGCUCAUUGCAUAACUCGGCUUCUAGGAAGUGUUGCAAAAAUCUUAUUGGUUAUGUAUGUGAAUAAAAAUGGUAGCAGUGAUGAGUCUCCAUCAUGUUUGGCAAACUAUUCUGUUGAAGAACGCACAAUCGCUAGGUGGAGUCCAGAACUAUGCCGUGAAACCUAGAUGUAAUUUAUGCUAACAUUGAUAAAGAUCCAGGUAAUGAAGUUUUGUUUAUAGGUAAAUGUUGGUUGUUAGUAAUGUUAGUAAAUUAGUCAUCCUCAGGGUUCGAACCAUUCACCCUUUAUCCCACACAAUCCUUAUGUCUUAGCUCUUAUCACUUGAGCUAUUAUUCGAGGACGUUAAUGAAUACUCAAGUAUAUGGUAAUUUUUUCUUAGGAGGUCUGCGCGGUUGUGAACGUCUUCAAGGUAAAUUUUUACCUAAUUUCUUCUUAUUUUAUUUUAUUAUCUAUAUAGUUUAUUUUUCUUCUA